AUCUUUAAAUCCUAUAAUGGUCACAGUAUGUUAGGUGUGUGAGGUCUGUAUGUUGUCUGGUCAUGCACUCAAUUUAUUGUUCUGUCCUUGCUGUUGUAAUUACUUCGUACAAAUGAGUCUUUACCUAAAGAAUCCAGAAACUAAGGAAACACUAUUGUAUGGACCAGAUUUUAAAUAUGCUUUGACUCAGCAGAUAACCUGAUAGAAUGGUAGCUGUUAUUUUUGUAGAAGCAAUGUGUUUGCAACAUAGGCACAUUAUCUUUAGUCUUGUUCUCUAUAGAGGUGAAUAGCACCUGGACACCAUCCAAUCAGAAUGCCUUUCAAAAUCUGCGGUUUUUCUCUUCUUCUGCUUAAUCUUGAAAUGUCUUUUUGUAUUCUUUGUUUUUAGCCCCUAACUCUAAAUUCUAAUUUUCAGAACAAACAUCUCUGAAUCUAUUUCUUUCUACAGAAUUGUAGCCAUCACACCAAAUUCCUUUAACAAAGGAUUGAAUUAAUGUCAAGUGGGAGGAAACUGUUUUGUGUCAUUGUGAGUCUGGUUAGGUUAUUAGUCUUUCGAAACCAGGUUGAAAUAUUUUUUUUCUUGGUCUUAAGAGUGCUUUAAUAUUGUGGAUGUUGUCUGGAGCUAGAAGGUGGCAUUUUCAGACUGAAAUUACAAGUGAUUUUACAAGGUUAAUGUUGAAGAAGGAAAAUGCGGAAGUCGUCAUUUGACAAGUUUUAUAAAUGAGUAUUUGAAGCUCAGGAAUAAGUGAAGCUGAAAUUUGAAAAAAUAAAAGAAAGAAUGCAUGCUAAUUAUCAGACCAGAAGUCCCACUUGUAGAAUAUUGAGCAAUUUGUGUGAAGUGGGGAAGAUGAAAGAAGUCAGAAUUUGAAACGGAAGAAUGAAGAAAAGAAAUAAAAAUGAAGUUAAGAUAAGAAGUAAUCUGGAAUCAGAAAGCACUACGCUAAGAAUCCCGUUCUGCUUCCAGAAGUGGAAGUGCUCACGGAUCGGGGAAAUCUGCAAGGCAUACCCCUGCAAGGUCUCGCUCCAAGGAAGAUUCCAGGCGUUCCAGAUCAAAGUCCAGGUCCAGAUCUGAAUCUAGGUCUAGGUCCAGAAGAAGCUCUCGAAGGCAUUAUACCAGGUCACGAUCUCGUUCCCGCUCCCAUAGACGAUCCCGGAGCAGGUCUUACAGUCGAGAUUAUCGCAGACGGCACAGCCACAGUCAUUCUCCCAUGUCUACUCGCAGGCGUCAUGUUGGGAAUCGGGCGAAUCCUGAUCCCAACUGUUGUCUUGGAGUAUUUGGGUUGAGCUUGUACACCACAGAAAGAGAUCUAAGAGAAGUGUUCUCUAAAUAUGGUCCCAUUGCGGAUGUGUCUAUUGUAUAUGACCAGCAGUCUAGGCGUUCAAGAGGAUUUGCCUUUGUAUAUUUUGAAAAUGUAGAUGAUGCCAAGGAAGCUAAAGAACGUGCCAAUGGAAUGGAGCUUGAUGGUCGUAGGAUCAGAGUUGAUUUCUCUAUAACAAAAAGACCACAUACCCCAACACCAGGAAUUUACAUGGGGAGACCUACCUAUGGCAGUUCACGCCGUCGGGAUUAUUAUGACAGAGCAUAUGAUCGAGGCUAUGAUGAUCGGGACUACUAUAGCAGAUCAUAUAGAGGAGGAGGAGGUGGAGGAGGAGGAUGGAGAGCUGCUCAAGACAGGGAUCAGAUUUAUAGAAGGCGGUCGCCUUCUCCUUACUACAGUCGUGGAGGAUACAGAUCACGUUCCAGAUCUCGAUCAUAUUCACCUCGUCGCUAUUAAAGCAUGAAGUUGAAGACUUUCUGAAACCUGCCCUAGAGCUGGGAUAUUGUUUGUGGACAAUAUUUUUUAUUGUCUCGUUUAAAAAGUGAACAGUGCCUAGUGAAGUUAGGUGACUUUUACACCUUUUAUGAUGACUACUUUUGGUGGAGUUGAAAUGCUGUUUUCAUUCUGCAUUUGUGUAGUUCGGUGCUUUGUUCAAAGUUAAGUGUUUUCAGGAAAGUAUGUUUUGCAUGUAUUUUUUUACAGUCUAAAUUUUGACUGCUGAGAAGUUUCUAUUGUACAAAACUUCAUUUAAAGGGUUUUCUACUGAAUCCAGGGUAUUCUGAAGAUCGAAGCCUGUGUGUAAAAAUGCUACCAAAUGGCAAAAAGCAACAAUAAACCGUUUGAUUUUUACUUUUCUUUCUAAUAUGUCAAUGCUUAGCAGAACUGUUCAGAUUACAUUGUCAGUAGUAAAUUUAAAGACAAAAUGCCCGUUUUCCUCCAGUCCAUGAAACAUACCAUACUUAAUACCUACAAUUAAGUGUUAAAAAUUAUGCUCUGUAACUCUAUACUGCUAGUAUUAGAACUAAAAAUCUUUCAAUACAGCAAAUGCUUAAUGCUUAUAUAAAUGUGGAUUUGUCAGCCUUUAUGUAAUCUGUAAUAUAUAUAUAGCAGGGAAUAAGAAGAGUUACACAAUGUAUGCCUUAAAAGGCUAUUCCUUAAAGUUGUUACAAGGGGAUAAUGGUAUUUCAACUAGUUAUCAGCAAGUGACAAUACAUUCCACCACAAAUGUACUCUUGUUCUUCUAGCUUUUAGACUAUAUGAAAAAACUGGGUGCUUCAAAGUACGGGAUAAGAGAAGGGAACACUACACCUGUGUCAUGGAUGAACUGAAGACUUUGCCUGUUCAUUUUUUAAAUAUUAUUUUCAGGUCCUUUGCUUACCAAAGGAAGCCCAAUUUCACUCAAAUGUUUUGAGAACUGUGUUUAAAUAAAUGCAAAUGAAAA